AGACCUUCUACCUCGGCACGCCGGACGACCUUUGGCCUGGACGACACCGGGGUCUGCGCCUUCUUUACCGAAGUUAGCGACCGCAUCAAGUUCGGCGACGGCGACGCCCGCAACUCGCAGGGCACCUGCGGACAAGCCCUGUCGGAUUCGUCCGUCUCCGCCCUGACCAACCGGGCCGAGAAGGUGGACCUUAAUGGUCUAUCGGGCAGGGAAGCCUGCGAGAGACUGCAGAGGGACUUCUUAGACAACUUCGACUCAGACUGCUCUGCCUCUGUCCCGGGAGACCGCUGGACUGGUAUCACGGCCAAGGUUGAGUCCCUCUCCGGCAAAGAAUCUCCCGAACCCAUCUCCAGGCGGCAGAACAAAACUUCAAACUGCUGGCCAGUACUGCCCAAGAGCAACGACUUGACUCUGGUCGAGCGGGUUAACACGACGGUAAGCCUAGGGCAGUUGACAUGUGUGAAGGCAAUUGAUUUGGCCACGGCCACCAAUGAGACGCAGUCAGCGAAAGACGGAGAUGGCGACAGC